AUGACUAUCAGUCACCGAGCUCAUUCUUCUCGUACUGCCCUGCACCUCCGGGGGAGCCUCCUCCCUCCUGGGCGCCCCCGCCCUACCGGCCCUCCUUCGGCCUGGAGAGGGGAGGGGGAGGCCGGGAGGCGGUUGCCGGGAAGCGCGCGCCGCCCCUCCGUCGCCUCCUCCCUUCACGCGCCACCCGUUUUCCCUCUUUCUCCGUUAAUAACAGCUGGGUGGCGGGGGGAGGAGGGAAGGUGGCCCCGGCGGAGGCUGGGCGGGCGCCUCCCACUCAGCCGCGAGCCGCCGUGGGAGCCGGAGGAUGGCGGCGGUAGCAGCGGCCGCCCGGGAGGAGGCGGUGCCGAGGCCCAGGGCGCAGAGCGCGGCGGCGGCGGCGGCGGCGGCGGCGGCAGAGCGCGGCAGCGGCCCGUCGUGGCGCACCAGAACCGAAAGCAGCGGCAGCCGCGCGGCCACCUGAGCGAACCCACCCCCGCCUCGGCCGGCGAGCGGCGCCCGCCGCCGGGCCCUCCCUCCUCGCCUCGCUUCGCCUCCCGCGCCCGCGUCAAGUCACCGGCCUCGGCCGCGAGAAGAGCGCGCGCCGGGCACCGACCGCCCCUCGGGGCGCCGGGCGGCGGCCCUGGACGUGCGGGGGCCCCUGUGGGCCGGCCGCGGAGCCUCGGCCCUGCCCGCUCGCUCCCGCCUUCCCGGAGCUCGGGGCGCCGCGCGCGGGCCCGGCCCGGGGCGAGGCGGA